AUGCCGUCUCUGGAAAUUGAUUCCGAACGGAGAGGCUCAGAUGAAGCAGACCCUGAGCUCGUCGAACUGCUUCGCCAGCACCUUGGUCUGGGUGGAAAGACGAACAAGUCUGCUCCUCCAGAGACAAAGGUGCUUGAGGCUGCACAGUACAUUUUUGAUAAUGCAAUUGAUGUUGCAUUGAGUCCGGCGCAGGUAAAGGAGGCUGCUGAGACGAUUUGGCGGUUGAUGCAGAAGAAGGCGUACUCCACGCAGACAUGGUCUGAGCAUGAGCUGCACCCACAGGAGAAGAAUGAGAGUACCGUGGACUUCAUUUUCACGAUGGAUCUUUUGAACUUCAGCUUUUGGUCCGAUGAAAAAGAUGAAUCAAAGAGAUUCUGUAUUGAGUACCGUGGCAGGAAGUGGACUGGAUACUGGAGUCUGGUAGCUGCUCUGCAAAGAGCUCUAGAUGAAGGCAUCCCAAUCACCACCCCUGACUUUUGGGUGAACGAGGCUGAAUGCACCGAUGAGGUCCUUGGACAUGUCUUUCGAUCUGCAACAGACGAGGACAUCCCCCUAUUUGAAGAGCGGGCGCGGUGUUUGCGUGAAGCUGGGGAAGUCCUCUGUAACGAAUUCGGAGGUAGUUUUGUCAACUGUAUCGACGACGCCAACUACUCCGCCGCAGGCCUAGUCAAUCUCCUAGCCGAGAACUUUGCCUGCUUCCGCGACGAAACGAGCUUCAACGGCAAAAAGGUCCGAAUUCUCAAGCGCGCCCAAAUUCUCGUCGCAGACUUAUGGGCCUGCUUCAAUGGUGAAGACUUUGGAGAAUUCCACGACAUCGAUAAAAUCACCAUGUUUGCAGACUACCGCAUCCCCCAAAUGCUGAACCAACUCGGCUGUCUCCGUUACUCGCCUCCCCUGGACUCUCACAUCCGUGGCUUGAAGCCUCUUACGCCAGGUUCGAACUGGGAGAUUGAGCUGCGCGGCACGAGUAUUUGGUGUGUUGAGCUGAUUAAGCGUGAGAUCGAAAAGCGACACCCUGAGGCAAAGAUUGCCGGCAAGAAGGGGGCCACGUACUCGGACUUUGGGGAUAUGGAGCACUACGAAGGCAAGAAAGGAUCCGCAGGAGAAAACUCCCACAAAACAUAUGGGAUCAACGCCAUCUUGAUCGACUUCUUCUUGUACGAUACGAUGAAGAACCUGGAGGCGGAGCAGAAUGAGAGUGUUCCGCACCAUCGGACUAGAAGCAUUUGGUAUUAA